AUGAAGUCUACCAUCACCUUUACCUCUGCCUUCCUGGCAACCCUCAGCCUUGUUGCUGCUGCUCCGGCUCCGGCGGCAGCGGCAGCGGGAACAGUAUCCGUCUCCUUCGACCCCAAAUAUGAUGUUGGAACAUCCUCUCUGAAUACCGUAUCCUGCUCCGACGGUACCAAUGGCCUAGCCACUCAAGGCUACACCGACUUCGCAUCGCUGCCAAGCUUCCCAAACAUUGGCGGUGCCAUCACCAUCUCGGGCUGGAACAGCCCUAAUUGCGGCAAAUGCUACGCGCUGCACUACUCGAACGGCAAGAUCGACAAGACAAUCAAUGUCAUUGCUAUUGACACCGCCCCAGGUGGCUUCAACAUUGGCCUGCAAGCCAUGAACACACUGACCAACGGUCAGGCGGUGCAACUCGGCCGUGUUGAUGCCACUUAUGUUGAAGUGGAUGGCAGCGCGUGCGGGCUGUGA